GUUUGCAGCAACAACGGACCAUUUCUAAUUCCAUCACAGACACGCAAGGAUUGCCGGACACUCUCUCUGAAGGUAAAUCUUAGGAAGGCAAUAAAUGUUUUGGAUACAUCAACAGAAGCCGUUACGCACAUUUUAGGGUAACAUUUUUGUAUUAUAGACUCUGUAGGUGAAUACAUUAUUUUGAUUGCUUAAUUCAUGUCGUGUAUUUAUUUUAUUGACCGGUUCUGCUCUGGUCUCGAGAUUUGUACCACCAGGAUUUGGAGGUAAAGAAAAAUUUGCUGGAAAUAUUUCUGACUAAGAUUAAUUUAAAUUUGUAAAAUAAAAAUACUACAUACAAUAAUUGAUUUAAUUUUUAUGCUAUCUGAAGACAAUUGGAAUAUGAAAACCCAGAAUGCAUUGUGUGAUGGCAAAAAAUGUUCUCAGUAAUAUAGAGAAAACUGACAGAAGAAUAUAAUUUGACCUAAACAUUGCUUGUAUGUCAUUCAAAAUAUACAAACAGAGAAACAAACGAUUGUAACAUCAGAUAAAAGUGUAAUAAUUCACUGAGUUAAAAUAAAAUGUAAAUACAUAUUAAUGUUAGUUAUUAUAUGAACCUGCUGAAUGGUUAAAAAAAUAAAUCACUUGUUUGGACAGUAUUCAACAAAUGUCCAAAUUAGGGAAAAUUUGAGUUGAGCGGACACCUGGAUGUUCAGGUCCGGCGGGUUCGGCCAAACUUUUGGCCACAAAAAUGCCUCUAAAAAACUCCUGGAAAGGGCAAGAGAGCUGCAAAAGGAAGUAAAAUGGGGGUAAGAGUAGGACAAGUGCCCUGCAAACAAAUGUGGAUAGGGAAAUCACUUAAAAUAACAUAAAAAUGUAAAAUACAGCUGAGCCAUAAAAUAGCACUAGAUGGAAUCUUUGAUUUUAGCUUUGGAAGACCAUAAAUCAAAAUCUAAAACAUGGCUGUCAGGAGGAUCACCCGAAUUAUCCAUUUGAGAGAGGGUUGGAGUGCAAGGUAUUCUCUUUCAUUGUUCAAACUGAGCUCAACUCGUGAUGCAUGGAGAAAAGGCCUUCACAAGCCUCUGCUAAUGUAUACCUAGUUUAUAUUACGUGACCCUUAGGUUGAGGAGGCGGUGACCAUGGCGGUGUAGGUGGACGCAGCAGUGGAGGAGGAGGAUGAGGUAGCCAACACUGGUUUUUGUUUUAUUUUUUUUUAUUUGGGGUAGCCCCCAAAAUAUUGGGACAUAUAAAAAAGAAAACAAAGAAUAAGUGCACUUGAGUAUAACAAUGGCUGAGUGAGGCCGGUAUAAAUGUCUAUUCUGCACAAGGUACAGACAAGUCUGGUGGGAUCCCUGCCUGGUUCAUUUUAAUAAACGUGAGCUUGUCCACGUUGACUGUGGACAGGCGGCUGUGCUUGUCUGUGAUAACGCCCCCUGCCGUGCUAAACACACGUUUAGACAAUACACUGGUUGCAGGGCAGGCCAGCACCUCCAAAGCAUAAAGGGCAAGCUCAGGCCAUGUGCCCAAUUUGGAGACCCAGAAGUUGAAUGGGGCAGACCCAUCAGUCAGUACGUGUAGGCAUGUGCACACGUACUAUUCCACCAUGUUGUUGAAAUGCUGCCUCCUGCUAAGACGUCCCAUAUCAGCUGGUGGUGCUGGUUGUUGUGGCGUGCUGACAAAGCUUUUCCACAUUUCGGCCAUGCUAACCCUGCCUUCUGAGGUGCUGGCGGUGCCCCAGCUGCGUUGGCGACCUCUCCUCUUCCUCUUCCUUCGCCUUGUGCUUCCACUGAGCCCCUGGUGUCAGUUGGGAAUGCUCUCAGCAGGGCGUCUAUCAGCGUGUGCUUGUAGUCGCGCAUCAUCCGAUCACACUCCAGUGAGGGAAUUAUGGGCGGCACGUUGUCCUUGUAACGGGGAUCCAGCAGGGUGGCCACCCAGUAAUCAGAAAAAGUUAGAAUGUGGGCAACUCGGCAGUCAUUGCGCAGGCACUGCAGCAUGUAGUUGCUCAUGUGUGCCAGGCUGCCCAGAGGCAAGGACAAGCUGUCCUCUGUGGGAGGUGUAUCGUCUGUGUUCUCCUUAUCCCCCCAGCCACGCUCCAGUGAUGCCCACGAGCUGCGUUGGGUGUCACUCUGCUGUGAACAUGGUUCUAUUUGACUCUCAGAAAUGAAGAGCACGCCCCAAAAUGUACUAUUUAGCAGUUUAGCACCAAAACAAUUAGAAUGUUUACAAUUGCGCUGUAACCGCAGUAUUUGACGCUUCUAUUUGACUCUUAGAUAUGAAGAGCAGGCCACAAAAUGUACUAUUUAGCAGAUUAGCACCCAGAAAAUAAGAAUGUUUACCACUGAGCUGUAAGCACACUAUUAGACGCUUCUUUUUGACUCUAUUUGCACCCCACUAAAAUACUUGACAGGCGCACAGUCGGAUUUGCCGGCAUAUGCGCUAACCUUACCCAAACCCCCAUUAAAACACGGAAACAGGUUAUACUGUUGGAAAUAAUAAGUCCACAGCUUUAUUAAAUUAUUAAUAAAAUAAUUAAGGAAUUACAAAUGGGGUCAUUGCCAACAAAUCUUAAUAAUGUUAACCUCCCCCAUAUACAUAACAUACCCCUAGCAAUGACCCCACAAUAAUAACAAUAGAUAACAAUCUAAAUAACAUGAUAACACAGAAACUGGCAGUCCAAUUUGACCACAUUUCCACCAGGUUAAAUUGUAGGGGUGUACCGAGACACCGCUACCCACCAUAUCGAUUGUAGGGGUGUACCAAGACACCGCUACCCACCAUAUCGAUUGUACGGGUGUACCAAGACACCGCUACCCACCAGUUCCAGUGUAGGGUGUACCAAGACACCACCACACCCCCAGGUUCGGAGCCACCGACGGUCUCGAACCUACCAACCACGUGCAACACUGCCCAAUCCACACUAAACCUCAGGAUGCCCACUUUCUCCUCCAUCUACCCUCCGAUUUAACCAGGCCAUUCCCAGCUCAGGACUUGACACCUAUAACUCCUGAGCGACCCCCACCACACCGGAAUAAGGCCUGUUGAAUGCCUUCUUGAAGGCCCAAUUUAAACAGAUCACACACCGAAAAUGUACCCCAUCCCACCUGGAGUACCCAGGGAGCUUUCCUCCCAAUUCGUUGUGUCUCACUGUUACACCGCCCCCACAUCUGAUAAAUACCGCCAUCAAUUUUUUAUUAAGUCGUCCUCGACACCGAGCUACCACGGCCGGGUACGUAGUAUGUCUCCAAUGUAACCGAGGAACCAUCUCGGACCGCACCACCACCACACCCGUGGCCAGCUCCCAUAGCCGGUCCACCUCCCUCUGCCUCCACCUGAUCAAUUCCUUUUCCGGACCAUGCCAAUAUCGAGAAUGUCCUGGACAGUACCCCUUGUUACCUCCCGGAAAAUUUUCUCCCCUAAUGUCUUGCCACCAAAAUCCCCGAAAACCAAAACCAUUCCUGCUCCACCAAUUCCAAAGGAAAGCCCAGUUGCGUUUGAACCGAAACGCGGCUCCCAUCUGUGCCCCUUAGAUAUAAGAAUGACCCACCAACCAUGUCACCAAACCUGAAACGAAGGUAAUUAGCGACAAGGCAUAGCCCCAAACACAAACCCAUACGUCCAUAGCCAUUAAACCAAAUAGCCUGGCAUGAAACAGGACUUAAACCGUACUGACUCCCACCUGCCUAAACGUUUUACUAGGUCGUCACUUAAAACCAGGCAGGGCGCCUCUGUUACCGCCAUCAUCCGGGAAGAAUGGGUCCCAAAGUGCCCGGGAUUCAAACCCAACAUUGUUAAACCCCUCCGAACAAACACCUGCGGUAAUUGAAUUGUGACAGCACUGAUCUGUCCCCUUUUACCAGUAAGCCACCCGGGAUGUCCGGGCAAAGCUCCAAGUAGCAUGAUGCGCUUAACACCGGGCAUACCCCUGACCCCAGCAGGGAAUAUAGCUUUACCAAACCUCCUUUACCAGACACAUACGUUCUUGAACAAUCCUUCUGAAUCGUUACCUUAACUGACUGAGGUUCGACAACCGAGUGUAGAACCCCCCAACACCUGCCCGAAGGCACUCACCAGUUCCCCAAUCCGAAUUGCCCCAAGCCUCCGAGAAGGCCACCGCAAGCAAACUCACUGCAAAAGUAGAGUAAUACACGACCAGGCGUUGCGUUAUCCAAGGAAACCCGCCGCCCGGCACCAACAUAUUUCAUACCUCUCCGUAAGACCCGCGAUGCCUGACGGACGUGACAACGUUCCGUCACUUCCUCCCAAUCGGUCAGUUUGAACCCUAACGCACCGCGGGGACGGCCCCUUUUUUCCUUGAUCAUGACUCUAAAAUGAUUUUUGCAAUUUAAAAAAGUGUGGUGUGUUUAUUGACUCACUGCUCGAACCCCCGUCUGCGCUGUCUUCCAUCCACCUUGCCAGGUUCUGGAGUAUCCGGUGGAUGCCGACUCCUGUCCGCGCUGGUCCAGCCUCAAGCCCAUAGAAGUAACACUCCUCGACCUGCUCCUCCAUCCCUCAUCCGACCUCCCGCUGCUGCUGUGCCUGUCAUUGUCGUAGCGCUGCUCCCUCCCGUAUUCACACCUGCUGAUGCUCCUCCUGUGUUCCUGCUCCUGAGAACGCCCUCCAGGGGGCUCCCGCUUGCCUCUGUGCCUUACGUCCAUUUCAACCCAUCCAUGUCCUCUCUUCUGCCCUCUGCUUGCAGUACCUGGCCUCUCCCCGGCCGCCUCAUCCACUUGUGGCCCCUUCUGCGCCUGUGAAGACUCCGCCUGCUGCUUUCACUACCCCCUUCCUUCACCUCUGACCUGACCCUGGCCCCAUCCAGGACCACCUCCGUCUGUGUCCCGCCGACCUGGACCCCCCCGCCUGCCCAUUGGGGGGGGACCGCUUUUACACUGCUGGGCCCUUGCAUCAUUCCCCCCGUCCCUCAGGUAUGCCACCAGGGCCUCUUGCCGCUCUCCCUGCCUGGCGGCCAUCAUGUCAUGCUGGAUUCCGCUGUCCUUUGUGCUUUCCCGCCCCCCGCCUUAUUGCAGGGGGCACUCUUCCUGUGCGGCCUCAUCCUGACCUGCCACCUUGCCUGACCGGCGCCGUGUCGAACAUACGGCGCCACCGGCCCUCCAACUCCUGCCUGCUUUCUGACCUCAUUUUCAGCAUUCCCCUUGCCGCCUCCUGACAGGCUCACGGGCUGCCGAACUAAUGAUGUCACUCACAGGCUGCCGCUGGGGCGUCCUCGCUCUCCUUGCUGGCCUCUGUUCCACCGCCGCGUGGGGGGGUGGGGGUAGCAGACGUGCUCGGGGCCCCCCAGCUGCUCCUGCACCCACCAGCCACGAUUCUGCCACAACCUUUGUGACCAGGAUGGUGGCUUGCUUGGAGUUCUGUCUGAGGCUGAUGGGAGUGAGCAUGCAGCCUCUCCUGUACCUCCAUGCUGUUUCCUGUACCUCCAUGCUGCCUCUGUUCUUCUAUGCUGCCUCCAUGCUGCUAAUGGGAGUGAGCAUGCAGCAGCAGCUCACUCCAGCCUCUCCUGUACCUCCAUGCUGUCUCCUGUACCUCCAUGCUGCCUCUGUUCUUCUAUGCUGCCUCCAUGCUGCAGAUGGGAGUGAGCAUGCAGUAGCAGCAGCUCACUCCAGCCUCUCCUGUACCUCCAUGCUGCCUCCUGUCUCAGUACUGCCUGUUCUCCAUGCUGCUGAUGGGAGUGAUCAUGUAGUAGCAGCUCACUCCAGCCUCUCCUGUAUCUCCAUGCUGCCUGUUCUCCAUGCUGCCUGUUCUCCAUGCUGCCUGUUCUGCUAUGCUGCCUCCAUGCUGCUGCCUUCUCCCUCCAGGGCAGGCAGCUUUCACAACUGACAGGUAAGCUUAGGUUCAGUUAAAAUGGCCACUUCCUAUAAUGGCUGGUAUUACUACUCCCCUUGUGGCUCCGCCCUACCCAGCAUGCUAGCUGUCACUAAAUUCCUGUGGCUGCUAUGCCUACCUCCUGGCUCUGUCAAGGCCUAUUCCUCUUAGCUGCGCUGAUCCAUGGGCUACAAUUUAGCAGUUUAGGACCCCAAAAAUUGUAAGUUUAAAACUGCAAUGUGACAACAGUAUUUGACGCUUCUAUUUGACUCUCAGAUAUGAAGUGCACCCCACUAAUGUACUACCCCACUAAUGUACUAUGUAGCACCCAAAAAAAAUUUACUUUUUAAAACGCCGAUGUAACCGUGGUAUUUAAAGCUUCUGUUUGACUCUCAGAUAUGAAGUGCACCCCACCCCACUAAUGUACUAGUUUGCAGAAUUCUUUCCUAAUCUGUCCCUAUCAGCGGCAGCAUCCUCUCCCUACACUAAUAAGACCGCAUGUGCGUGCGGCGCUACGCGACUCCAGCUUAUAUAUAGAGGCUGGGUCACAUGCUGCACUGGCCAAUCACAGCCAUGCCAUUAGUAGGCAUGGCUGUGAUGGCUUCUAAGGGCACACGAGUCAAACGCUUGUUGAUUGGCUGCUUGCAGCCUUUGAAAACCCGCCAUUAAAUCACCGAACACCGAACUCCAACCCGAGCAUACAGUGAUAUGUCCGUGUUCGGGUCCGGGGUCCAAAAAACCUAAUGUUUGGUACGAACCCAAUCUUUACAGUUUGGGUUCGCUCAACUCUAAUCAGGACGUUACUAAUGAUUUUGGGACUAUCGAUUCAGUUUGCGUUUCUGAAUCCCACCCGUCACAUCAAAAAAAGAGAUUAUGGGAAUUAAAGAUGACUGAUGGUUAGGGGACAGUCUCUAAAUGAUUACUUUAUUCACAGAUCAAGUGAUACGUGACCAAUAGAGGAGCAGUAAAUACAAUAUAUAUGUAAAUAUUGUAUAAUACAUGUAUAGCAUAUAUAAUAAAUAUAUAAUACAUAUACAAUAUAUAUAUAUAUUAUUUCCUGCUCCUCCUGUUUUCCAUUUAUUUGUUACCUUUUCUCACUCGCUCUGUGAACCAAAUGGCAGGAAAACGCUCCCCACAGUGUACUGUGAAAUAUAUACAUGAUAUUAUAUUAUUAUACACUUUGCAGCACACUGAUUGGCCCAUUUUACAACCUAUUUUUGUUCUUCUGAUUCAGUUCCUGAAUUGGAAUCUUGGUUCAGAAAUUCAGCUGAAAUUUAGAUGUCCUGAAAAUGUUUCUAUUUUCAGAAAAAAAUAAAUAAAAUAGGAAAUUGAAGUGGAUAAGAUUUUCAAAUGAUUUCAUAUUUUUCAUGAACUAUUAAAAUUAUAAAAAAUGUCAAAUUUUUUUUUAUAAUGUUAAUAUUUUCAUAUUUUUUUACAUAUGGAUAUAUUUAUUAUAUAUGAUAUAUUUUUUAAUAUUUAGGACAAAUUUUUUUUAAAAAGUUCAUUUAAAAAUAUGAAAACAUUUGAAAAGUUUAUCAAAAAAAUUCUAAAUCCUGGACAAAUGUUAGAAAGGGGGCAGACAAAUUUAAGGAAUUCAAUUUGCCCAGGGAGACCAUAAGUGAGGUAGAUCAGUUUUAAAGGAUUCCUACAAGGACUAAAGAAUUGGGGGACGUUUGAUGGGGGACAAGAUGUCCCAUAGCAAUACAGCUGCUUGUUUGAAAUCCUGUGGGUGACCGUUACAGUACGGGUGUGAACACAGGACAGGAGAAGGGUGUAAAUAUAGAUUAGUGAAGAAAUGUAAUGUGGGGUAGCGUUAUUAAGGGUUUAUGUUGCAAUAUAUAGAUGAGUUGCUGAUUGGCUAGUUUGAUUCAAUUUGAGUUCUGUUAUAUUGAUUGGCUAAUUGUCAGAGAGUAUCAGCUGGUGGUCUCAGCCUAUGGCUAGCUGCCCAUCUCGAGUAAAGGCUGGACUUGUUUGAAUAUUUGUUCGCUAGGGGCGAUUGCUCAUAGGCUUAGAGCAUCAUCUGACGCUCUCAGCCAAUCACUGUCACCAACUCAAUGCUCGCACUAAGGCUUCUGCAUCUAUCUCAUGGACCCACUUCCAUUCUCAGUCCUAACGCGAGAUGUUUACUUGCAGGGUUAUUCACUAACGUGAGCAUCAUUCAGAAUUUAAUAUAAAUUCAAAGUGUAUUUCAUAUUUUAGACCAAAGUAGUGAAACUAGAAUUAGAACUGAUUUGGAGAAAUGUUGACCCUAAAUUUACAUUUCAUGAUGAAUUCCUGAAAAUUGUCACUACACUAGAUAACACUGAUAGAGAAUUUAACCAGAGCUGAUCCUAUAGCCUAAAAUGGAAAAUUCACUUAGAAUUUCCGAGGAAUUACACUUUAGUGAAAAACUCUGCAUAUGUUUAAUAAAAAGAUAAAACGUUUGUAAAUUUUCUAAAGCAGCAUAUUAGAAGCAUACGUCUCCCUCUGCUUUUAGUGAUUAAUGUGAAUGGCGGUGGGGUAUUCCUAUUAAUAUCAUGAAAUUUAAUCUUUUGUCCUCACGUCGGAUACGGAAAGCUAAUUAAACAGGAAAGAGAUCCCCUGGACUGUAAGGAAGGGGAGGCAUGACUGCUGCCACACAGUAAGGGGUGUGGAAUUAUGGGAUACAAUUGUGGCAAUAUGGGGCAGUAUAAGUAUGUGUGCAAGGGGAAAGUACUCACCAUUCCUAGAAAGAAAGGCUGGAACAGGUUUUCCCUUCUUUCCAUAUAAUAAAAAAAAAAAAAGAAACUUUCUCAGAAGUUGUGUAAGGAGUGGAUUGUCUUGCCUGUUUGCUGAUUACUUAAGAUGGCUGCAGUGUCUAAGGAUGCCCUGAUUGGGAUGCUGCAGGCUUACCUUUGUUCUCAUGGAGCUGGCUCUCUGACUGAGGUGAUGGCCGGUUUACCCCAGGAGGUGAGAGGAGAGGACCUGCAGGAGGCAGAGAGCCCAUCGCUGGCGAGUGGUAGGAGGCCUAGGCGGUCUAGGCCUCCUACUCGUCUUUCCCCAAGCCCAGUGAGAUGAGGUGGCAGUGAGGCGGCUGGUCUGGUUGGGAGAAUCACCAGGAUCAUUGAUGGCGUGGUGAGCGGUGGAUCCCGAGCUGCCAGGAGGCGGCCGCGGGCUGCAAGGAUGUCGGUGAGUCGGGCCCAAGAUGGCGGAGUGCGUGAAGAGCGCUCGAGGAGUCCCCCUUCUUUUCCUGCCGCACCGGAAAUGACGCGCUCCCCCCGGACGGCCGUCAUGGGGUGGGGUGUUCCGCCCUCCGCUACCUGGCUGUGAGUUGUCUCCUUUGGGCAUGCAUGUCCCAGUCGAGAAAUGUGAUAAGAUUUUAAAGGGUGAGUUUAUAGAUUUCCUCUCGCUGGUCCCUCCUGAGAAGGAUUCCGUGGAUAGGCCACGUCGUGGCGAUCCCCAGGACACGGAAAAGAGCAAGCAACUCCCACGGACAUUUGGGAAUUGGUUGCAAGGUUUUGCUGUGUUUGCUAGUAUCCUAACCAGGCGUUUUCCGGAGCGGGGGCCUUCCUUGUUCGGCUAUCUAGACCUUAUUUGGGGUGCAUAUUUAUGGCGGACAGAGCUGGUACCGGUAUGACCAACAGUUCCGCCAAAAGAUGGCGGCGUGUCCCGGGUUAGAUUUCUGUACCCAGGAUGGUAGCCUAUGGCUGCUGAUAAUGACUCCCAGUCGUCCUUCCCCCUUUUCAGGAGCAGCCUGAGUGUGAGUGUGUGCUGGCUCUUUAAUGAGAGCCACUGCAGGUGGUACUCCUGCCGGUUUAGGCAUGAGUGCUCGCAUUGUGGAGGGGCUCACCCCGCAAUGCGUUGCUUUAAGAAGGUUAGGCAGCCUGUGCCUAAGGUGGGGGGGCAGGACGACUGGGCAAAGGGGGAAGACUCCAGUGAGCGUAGCAAGGAUGUUGCCGUGGCUCGAGCUUUACCCUAGACGCCACGACGCGGUGGUUCUGGGGGAAGGGUUUUUCAUGGGUUUUUGGAUCCCCUUUGUUUUUUCUCCGGAGCCGCGUUUGGCUGACAAUCUACAGUCAGUCAAGGGCAAGGAGGCCCUGUUGGGUGAAAAGUUGUCUAAGGAGACAGCGCUGGGUCGCAUGGCUGGGCCAUUCGAUUUUCUCCCCUUUUCUAACUUGCGGGUCUCCCCUCUGGGACUAGUCCCAAAGAAAUAGGCUGGCUUUUUUCGGAUGAUUCAUCACUUGUCCUACCUGGCUGGGAUUUCAGUGAAUGAUGACAUUGACAGAGAGUUCAGAAGGGUCCAGUAUGCCUCUUUUGAUCGAGCUCUGUCGCUGGUUAGCAAAGCUGGAGUAGGGGCACUCAUGGCAAAAUCUGAUAUUGAAUCGGCCUUCCGGUUAUUGCCGGUGCACCCGGAAUGUUUUCACCUUCUGGGUUGUCAGUUUCAAGGGUCAUAUUUUUAUGAUAUGUGCCUUCCCAUGGGUUGUGCUAUUUCCUGUUCUCAGGUAUUGCGUCAGUUACGCAUUAUCUCGAUGAUUUUUGUUUGUGGGUCCUCGGGAGGGGGCUGAGUGUGCCCAGUUAUUGUCGGCGUUCCGUGCAGUGGCGCACAUGUUUGGAGUGCCGGUGGCGGAGCAGAAGACAGCAGGGCGUUGAAUCUCUUCACUGAUGCAUCUGGUUCAGUCGGGUUUGGGGCCUUCUUUAGGGGCAAGUGGUGUGCAGAGGCGUGGCCUCCAGAAUGGCGUGAUUUAGACGUUAUGCGUAACCUUACCUUCCUGGAACUUUUCCCUAUAGUGGUGGCUCUGGCAUUGUGGGGUGAGGACCUGGGGGAUCGGGUGGUUGUUUUUCACAGGGAUAAUAUGAGUGUUGUCCAUGUGAUUAACCGAUCGUCUUCUGCGUCUCCUCCUGUUUUGGCUCUCUUGUGACAUCUGGUGUUGCUUACUUUGCAAUUUAAUGUGUGGAUGCAGGCCCGGCAUGUACCGGGGAAGCUGAACGUGGUAGCUGACUCUUUCUCGGUUUCAGUGGGACCGGUUUUGGGUGUCGGCUCCAGAAGCGGAUCGCGAGGGUCUCCGCUGCCCUUCCUACUUAUGGGACCUAAUUUCGGAGGUUUGAUGUCCUUGGUGUCGGACUCCUUGUCUGCCCCUACUUGGAAGGCAUACAGGUCGGUAUGGGUAGGUUGGUUGGCUUUGGUGGAUGGCUCAGUGCGGCUGUUGUCUGAGGCGGCCAGGGUGGAGAUCACUAAGGUAUCUGGAUGCGUUACUCGCUAGUGGUCGGUCUUGUUCGGCGGCAGACAAGGCGUUGUCUGCCCUGUCUUUCCUGUUUCGGUUUUUGGGAUGGAGGGACAUUACCAGGGAGUUUUGCUUACAGAGGGUUAUGAGGGGUUGGAGGAGUCGGAGAGGUCCGGACAGACAUCGGCCGAUCUCCUUCGACUUGCUGGGUCAAUUGUGGGCGGCUCUUCUGGCCGUCUGUGUAUCACCAGGAGAUUGUCUGUCUGUUGCUUCAGGUGGCAUUCUCCUUUUGCUUCUUUGGUGCGCUUCGGGUGGGGGAGCUGGUGGCUCCUUCCCGGCGGGCGAUCUCCCCCUUUACUGCUGUCGGAUGUCUGAUGGGUCUCCAUUGAGGCGUUUUCAGUUCGCAUCGAUGCUGGGUAAGUGGUUGGGAUCCAACCGGUUUCUCCUCAUUCAUUUAGGAUCGGAGCAGCCACACAGGCUAGUGUUUUGGGAUAUUCGGGGUCACAUGUGCAGCGAUUGGGUAGAUGGUCAUCUCGUAGGUAUCAGCUGUACGUGCGGCCUCAUUUACCUCAACUUGUCCUCUGUUUUAGGGUGUUCUUCCCGGUAUGUUUGGAUUGUGGGAUACUCUUUCAUCUAUUGGGCAGCUCGACGGGCAGAGUCACGUUCCUAUGGUCGGAAUUUGGGGAUCCUAGCAGGGUUAGCAAGGGUUCGUUGGAGGGGUAUCCGGGGUCUGUCAUGGCGCCAAAUCUACCCGGAGUGUUUUUCUCUCAGCAGGUUUGUGUCUGGGUCAGUUAUCAUCGUAAUCCAUGUGGGGGGUAAUGACCUAGGGAGGGUAAGGACGGUGGAUUUAAUACAUGAUGUACGGCGGGACUUGGCUCGGUGCAUGGCAUUAUUUGCAGGGUGUUGUUUGGUGUGGUCAGAGAUUGUCCCCCGUCUGUGCUGGCAAGCCUUGCCACAUGCAAAAGGGUUGGAGAGGGCUAGGCGGAGGUUUAAUGUUGCGAUUUCGAGGUUUGUUCGAUGCCUGGGCGGUGUGUCAGUUCGACACACGGAGUUGGAAGGGGACAAUCGGAGUUUAAUGAGGGCAGAUGGGGUUCAUCUGAAUCCUAUUGGGCUUGAUAUAUUUAAUGUGGGUAUCCAAGGAGGAAUUGAAAUGGCGCUGUCUGGGGGGCGCAAUGCCGACAAAUGGAGAUCAGGGUCGGCAGCGCGGUGGCGGAGGUCUUGGCCAGCGCAAGUAAUGCAAGACAAGGCUUUGGGGAGUCGCAGCUGCCAGGGCUUAUGGCAGAAGGCAGACUGUACGGACUCUUGGAAUUAUCUGGUAUAUCUGUCUGUUGGGUAGUCACCCCAACAGCCGACAGGUGGUGAUAUAAAGCUGGCUGAGUUGAUAUGUUGGAAUAAUAAAGCUGGAAUGUAAGUGGUCUGCAGUCAUGAUUAUAAUACAGUGAAAUAUGUUUUAACUCUUGGAGUACUAAACCUCUGCUUCCUGUAUGAAGACUUUCUAAUCAAUGGGAUUCUGUUUUGCAGGUUGUUAAUUGACUGACCGAUCAGGAUGGAACUUCUCCUGAGGAUCUGGCCAAUCUUAUUCUGCCUCCUCUCGUCUGUCACAGCACAGGUUCGUUCCUUCUUCAGACCUACGUUUCCAAUGGGGUGGUUUCCACUCCUUCUAUAGGACUAGGGUUCAAUAAAACCAUAGUGGGCUGCGGGGUUCACCUUGUGCAGCAAUUGAUGCACUGUCCCUUUAAUGCCAUAGAAAUGGUUAUAAUAGCAGGUUUGAGGUUCUCAGUGAUAAUUCCAUGCGUUUAGCCAUUAGCCGAUUUGUCAGGAGUGGCAUACAAAGCACCCAUACAUUUUAUUUAUAUUUGUUUAUUGGUUCUGGUUACUGAUUCAUUAAUUUCCUGACCAAGCGAUGAGACUGGCAUUAAUUUAUUCCAUAUUUCAUUUCUUUUAUAUCUGCUUUCUUUUUUCUGGUUUGUAAUUAUUAUUUUAUUAUUAUUAUUUAUGUAGCGCCAUCAGAUUCCGUAGCGCUGUACAAUGGGUGGACUAACAGACAUGUAACUGUAACCAGACAACUGGACGUACAGGAACAGAGGAGUGGAGGACCCUGCCCAAAGAGCUUACAUUCUAGAGGGAGUGGGGUAUAGUGACACAAAGGGUAAAAGUCGGGGUUUAACAGUAGAUGCAUAUAAAGGACAACAGUCAUCACAUUUUCUCGUCUCCAUUUUUAAAAGUAGAUUACAUUAAAUGAAACUUAGAAAUAUUUGUUUUAAUAAUGUAUUUUUAUUUUUUUUUAAAUUUGGGAGAAAAUAUGACUUUAUUUGGCGAGCAUCCAGGUUGGAACAGAUUCUACUGUUAUCUGACCAAGCGCUGCUCAGCCUGAUGAUAUUGGAGGUUGAGAAGUCUUUAUUCAUACCUUACACACAGUAUAUAUUAUUAACCCUCGCAUUAUAGAUAAGGGGAGUGAAGGAUAUAUGUGUCAGCUCAGGACAUUGAUCACAUGGUACUGUAAUACCUGCCGCUGCCCAUUAACAGAUUGACGAUAAAUUAAAAUCUCUCAUGGAGCUUUAUAUAUGGAGAGAUUAUAUAUGUUUUAUGCAUUUUGCUGUGUAUGUGAAAUCGGUUAUGGACUGGAUCGUGUGCUCUUUGGUGACCUCUAGUGGUGAAAUGAAAGAACGAUUCCAAAACAUUUCUGAUUAGUGGGAUUGACUGGGUGAUUUAUGAUAAUCUGCGAUAAAAUUAAUCUAAACAUUUGUAGAUAACAGCGCUUGCAAUUCUGCUGAAUGGAAAGUGAAGUUGCACCAUACAUGUCUAGCUGUCAUUGUCUCCAACCCAGACAGUAUUUGUCACAUAUCCAGUUCAAAUGGUGGAGAUUUAGCUAAUCUGUUUAUAAUCUGUAAAUAAAUGAUCAUGUCAUCGGUGUACUGCACGACCGAGCUGAGACACAGCCACUACUGAGAUUCUUCUACAAACGGUGCCAGAAAUAUUAAAUUGGAUGUGUCUUGUUGGAUAGGGUCCAAGAGGGGGUACUGGAUAAAUAAAAAUGCAUCAUAUAUUUUGGAUAGUACUGAUGAUAUCCCACAGGUAGACAAUUCCUGACUAUUAAAGAUUUGGGGAUUUUCUUCCCACACAGUCACCAAUGCUACUGCAUUUGUUGGUACCUUCUCAAGUCACGCACUACACAUCUUCUAUUACUCAGCACGAUGCAUUGUCCAACCGACUCAUGGACUGAAAAAAGUUUUGCUUUGUGAAUUUGCACACAUUCCAUUUUGUUUCUCUAAUGUACCAAUCUUCAAAAUUAUUUAAUAGCCUUCUGCCUCCUUGCAAAGUGAAAAGGGAGGCAAACCUCUUCCAAAGAUUUACAAAGGGAAUGAAUGGGAGAAGACUUACUCAAUUAAAUAUAACUGACUCAAUUAAAUAUCAUUUAAUGACAUUAAAAUAUAAAAACCUAGCAUAUACAUAAAAAUAAAUCAAUAUUUAAAAAAAUAUAAAAAUACAAAAAUAUAUUUUUUCAAAAUAUUUAAUCAUUCUAAAAUAUUAUCCAAAAAUGUUAAAUAACUAGGAAAGGAUAUUUAAAAAUAUUAAAUAAGGAAAACAUAUCUAAAAAUAUUAAAUUGAGACCAACAAAUUAGGUUUCUGGAGACAUCCUACAAGCCGAUGAAGCAAUAAAGACACUACUUCCUUCCACACCAGAUUCCUGCAGCUGUCACCUGACUGCUGACAGUGCAGGAAAUUCCCACGCGGUUUGUGUCCGACGUUGGGUGGCUUGCAACUGAAACUCGUAAACCAUCCCUGUGGCCAACAGAACCUCGCCAGGGGCUCCUAUUUUGUGCAUGUUUAACUGUUGUCUCCUCUCAGGUCCAGAGGGGAAUGCUCCUGAAAUAUGUAUCCAGAAAACCCUUGCAUGAGGAGUUGCAUAUAAGGCUGCAUGUGGCUCCCAUUAAACCAGUUCAACUUCACCCUCGUCUCGUGAUUGUAGGGAACAGCUAUACCAGCUAUAUCACUAGAUCUUGUAAGAGCUAUCCUGCUAUACUCUCUGGAGUAGUAGAGGUAUACCCACUGGAAGUUGGAUCCCUGACUUGUGUCCAGGGUGGGUGGAGGACAGCGAGACCCCAGCCAAGCUGCGGCGGCUAAGGGUCUACAGUGCUGAUGGUGUCUGGUGGAGUGCUUGGAAGUACUCAGAGGUACUAUGGAGCAGUGAUUGGCGGAGGCACCCUGUCGAGGUGCCAGGCGGUCCGUCCCCUUCCCCUUUGCAAACUCUUGCUCACUCCCAGUUGUAUAUAUCUUGUUAGUAGGUAUUAGACUUACAGUAUGUAGGUUUAGAUGAUAUUUUUGAGAAGGAUCACUGAUAUUCCUUCAUCCUUUUAGGUCAGUUCAUAAGGUUCCUAGAAUGAAUUUCUGUAAUGAUUUGUAGGGAAGAUCUUUGUUAUCAAAACAUUUUUUAACAAUAACUUGAAUACAAUUGCAACACACCAUACAACUGGAAAGUUAUGUCAUUGUCCACUAAAAAUACAAAUAUGUAAUUACAAAAAGUUCUAAGUUAAUAUUAAUCCUGAAACCUCCAACCAAACGUUCAUUAAUUGAAAUCGGAGAAGGAAUUAUCACCUAAUUUUAUGUUGGUAGACUGGUCUAGGUCCUUGUAUGUACGUAGUGGGGAAUCGCGAUGCAGCCUAGCACAAAUCUAAACCCAUUUACCCCCCCAAUAACGACAGACCACUAAGUAUGGAUGAACAGGCCACAUCAUUUAUUAUCACAAACUAAAUUACUGCAUGACACAUCCAUAACUUUGUUUAUUAAAUCUCUUCUUUCUGUAACCAAAAGGUUAGACAUAAAUAAGCAUAAAUUAACAUAUAUACAUAUAUAACUCCACCCAUAGUGUUAUACAGUGACCCAACCGUCCUUGCCAAAAAACAUACAGUGGUUCCUAAUCACCACUUCCUCUCACCUCCCCCCUCGUCAUAAAAUCAUAUCUUUCCAAUGCCCGCCAUCAGCCGACCUUAUCCACGCUCGAUGGGCACGACACCUCAGGCAACCUAAUGUUUAACCUUUUAAGAAGGGGAGGUUGAGACCUAAAAAACGUGUUCAUCUCAUUCCAUAUACUUAAACGUAACCACUCAAACUCAAUUGGCAAGGACAUACCCCCGGCUAGCUGUGACUAAAUAUACCAAUAGGGCGGGCGGGAGGGAAGCUGUUUGCUGGCCCGAAUCCCAAGUGGCAUUGCGGUGAGACCUCCCCCACACUAACUUACACAGAACAUUAUCCCACCCACACACUCUUUCCCAACCAAUCCCAUGCAUCUAUCCCCACACUCCUACAUGUGCCCUUGUCCGCUUAGCUGCGCUAUCUCCCCAGGGCCUUUACAAACCAUAAUAAAUUCUCUCUAACACCUGUAAACAUUAGGAAAGUGUUAUGCUGGUCCUAUCUUCAUCCUCCUGGUUUAGUGGGCAGUAAAUUGGCGAUUGUCUGUCUGUAACAAGCUCUUACUAUGAUUUUUCUGAGAUUAAAAAUUUACAUCUCACUCAGUGUGAUGGGGAGCACAGAGACUCACUCAUUCUAUGGCUACAGGUUCACAAAUAUGACAGACGUUUCUCGACACUCUUCUUGAAUUUGUUUCUUUUGUCUAUUUUUAUAUGAUUUCUGUUCUGUUUUUUUUCUGUUUACUUUUUCCAAUGUGGAGCUGUAGCUAGGAAUGCAUGUAUAGGACACUGGUAAUGUUCUGUUUAAUAUAUUUCAUUAACAUCAUUGAUUCUCUGUCCAGUUAUAUUUUGUAUUGUACUUGCAACUAAAAAUUUAUACAAAAUUAAAUUAGAAAAAAAUUCCCUUUUGUAAGUCAUUGUCAGUGCUGAUAAGUAUCUACACUCCCUUAAUUGGAAGAAAGACAAAUCUCUAUCUGGCAGAUAUUCAUUCAAAUCCUCAGUCAAUAGGAAUUAAAAAAAAAAAUCAGACUGCAUUCUAACAAAUUGUAACUAUGGCAUCAAGUCAACUGACACAGGUAUCUUUACAUAAUCUGCGUGAAACAUUGUUUUUUAAUGUUACUGAUAGUCUAGACACCCGUUUCUAAUUCAUCCUAUCUCCAAAAGACAUACAUGCACAUGGAAUUCCAACAAAAAUAAUCGAAGGUCUGUGUAAUAAUAUAUAGCAGGCAUAGGUGUGCGCAGCCUAUUGCAUUAAAGUGUGCACCCUAAAGCACAAGCACACGCCGCAUAUAUAUAUAUAUAUAUAUAUAUAUAUACACACACACACACACACACAUAUAUACACACAUACACAUACUGCUGUGUGAGGGUGCUGUUAGUGUGAUGUGUGUGUGACGGUGCUGGUAGUGUGCUAUGUGGGUGAGGGUGUUUGUGUGUGCGUGCUUGUGAGGGUGCUGUUUGUGUGUGUGUGCGCGCUUGUGAGGGUGCUGUUAAUGUACUGUGUGUGAGGGUACUGGUAGUGGGCUGUGUGUGGGUGUUUGUUAGGGUCCUGUUUGUGUUUGUGAGGGUACUGUUAGUGUGCUGUGUGUGUGUGAGGGUGCUGUUUGUGUGCUGUGUGUGUUUGUGAGGGUGCUGUGUGUGUGCUGUGUAUGUAUGUGGGUGCUGUAUGUCUGUGGGUGCUGUGUAUGUCUGUGGGUGCUGUAUGUGUGCUGUAUGUGUGUGGGUGAUUGUGGGGGUACAUUACUUGCUAUCCCCCCUCCCUUCUUACCUUUUGUAGGGAGGGGGGAUCCUUGUUGCUGCUGCUUCCAUCCCUGGUGGUCCAGUGGAGAGUGAACUCUAUCCCCUGUGGGGCUAGAGUUCACUCUCGCGAGAUUUGAGCAUUGCCGUGGCAAUGCUCAUAUCUCGCGAGAGGAACCCGGCGGAGCUGCCGGCAAUAGCUCCGCCGGUCCUCUCCUGCCUCCCUCCCUGAAUUUGGGUCGGUAGGGAGGGAGGCUGAGAGAAGAGCCGGCGCUCGGAUAGCGCCGGCUCUGCAUGAGCCGACAGGGGAGAUCCUGAGAUCUCCCCAGCUGGUCUCAAUAUACAUAGGCGUGCCACGCCCAGGCACACCCUGUGCACACGCCUAUGAUAGCAGGAGGUGACAGCUUAAACAAAGCAGCGGUGGCAUGGGGGACAUGACCAAAAGUAUCUCAAGGGAUUUAGUAAAAAGAGGGUGACAUUUUCUGCACAAAAAUGGUAGAUAGAACAAAUGACAGAACCCAAAUCAAGGGAGGAAAAUGAAGGGUUAUUGCUUGGAAAUGGCCACGAUAGGAGUAGUGUUCACAGGACGAUUGCAGAUGUGGGGAAAAGUUUGUGUAAAUAUUUUUGUACCAUCAUCUUCUGUUGAGGUGUAUUCAUUGGGAGAAUAUGCUCAAGAUAAACACAAAGGUUACACUGCCUUUCACUGACAUCCAUGUUGUACUAAAUUGAAAUUUAUAACGUGAAAAUGGAAAUUCUGCAUUUUCAAUGUGGCUGAGAAUAGGGCUGUAUUUAGGUGCAGAGGAUGGCCCAAUUUUUUCACCAAAAUGCUCCCCAAUGAUUCAACAGAGUUUGUGAGGAUGAUUUCUAGAGAUUACAGACACCAUAACCACAAACCUGGGCUGUAAUGGUUGCUUAACAUGUCUCUUGAUAUGCUUUACUUAACAGAGGCCAUUUAUUAUGUAUCUAUAUACAGUACAGUUAUUUUUCUGCUUCUUUAGGAAUAUCGCACUUUGGACCUGGCAAAGGUGGCAUUCGACGAUCAGUAUAUUGGGUGCCAGGAAGAUAUGGAACAAGUGUUGAAUUCUAACGACAUUCUAUCUAAAGAAAAACAAAAAAAUAAAAUAUUCAGACGAGCAUGGGAAGGAGCAGAAACCAUCUGGCAUACAAAAAAGAAAGCCACAGUAUUAACCAACCUUCCCCAGGGAUUUGAGGAUAAUCAUGGAAUCGCCUUAGUGGCCUACUCAGGAUUUAUCAGAAAACACUUUAAUGAUGCACUGAGAUUGGCUGGCAAAUCAUAUCAAUAUUAUAUGGAAGAUUUUCAUUUCAAAAGUCUUCACUAUUACUUGACUGUUGCUGUUCAGCUUCUAUCAGGCGAUAGCUGCCAAAAUCUCUUUUAUGAAGAUGAACUUGGGGUGAUGUUUGAACCUUCAAAUGGGUCAGACAUUGUCAAAUUUGGACAGUUUUUAUCUCCAUUCCUAGAUGAUGGAACUUCCUACAGCAACGAGAGCUUCACCCUUACAAGCUGCUUUGGGGUCCGCAUCCAGAACUUCUCACAGUACCCUUUAGAAAACACGGUGGUGGUCCCAGGGUAUGAAGUUUUCUACUUGGAGAAUGAGGGCUCUACAUUUAGUCUGAAUAGCACUGGGAAAAAAUGCAGCAAUUACAACUGUGCUUACGUGAGAGGUAAGGAGAUCGUCUUACAAUGUUCUAGACUCAGAACGAUCACAAUGAGAAUUUCAUUGUUAUUGACCGAACUAUAAAUGUGUAUGUUUGUAUAAAUUGCGUGUUGUAAUGAAUCCCUGGUGUGCCUCCCUCUAGUCCCCCCCUCUGGUUCAAGUUUACGUUCCUUCCUAUGUUGGGAGGUGUGGAUAUGUAAUGGAGAAGAUUGUAUUAGGGGAACAUAUUGUCAUCUCAGGAGUUUGGAGGAUUUUCUUCACCACUCAGCCUUAAUCUAUCCUUUAAUGGUCACACUCAGUAAUGGUACAGGAGGUUGAAUAUUCAUAGUCAGUUUGAAUAAAUAUAUUUAUUAUCAGGUGAAGAAUCUACAUUGGCAUUGGAUCACUGCGUUUCCACCGGAAUAGUAUUUUCUAUUCAUUCUUGGGUUCUGGAGACCUAGUCUCGUGGUUUAUUAUGGUGUCUCCAGAAGUCUUCAAUACACCAUCAUUCUCUUUGUCUCUCUAAUAUCCUGUUUGAAGCAUAUUUAAUUUUUUAUAGUAUUUUUAUAUAAAAUAUAAUAAAAUAGUGGGAUAACACAGCGCUGACUCAAAGCAGGGCAGCAAACUCAAAUCAGAUAUGGACGUUGUGGCGAAACCAACCUCGCCACUGUGCACUGGAGAAGCCUGGUUGCCAGCCUCCUGCCAUCUGACUAUGGCCCCCUUUUAAAAGACUUUAUUUUUGCCUGCAGAAAAGCUGUAUUCGUGCUUUUCUGCCUGGGGUUCGGUAGAUGUGUUUGAAUGUGUUAUACCCCAGAUAGGAAUCCCAUGGAGCCCAUUUGUAUGAAACUGACUGUAAAGACUUUGGCUCCAUGGCGAUUAAACUGUAUUCGUGUGGUCUGAGCGCCAUUCACUUAAUAAUGUGCGCUCAGACCUGAGCUAUCUGGGGAUAUGUGAAAUGUCUGUGUUUUAUGUAUAAAAGGUGACUUUAUGUAUUUUAAAGUGUUUUGUGUCUUUUGCAACCAUGUGCUUAAUGGAGUCUUGUGUCUGUCCUGGGAGAUAAUUGAAUUACUUAUCUCCAGGAUAGAAGACUCUGAAACUAGUUUGGGCCAGAAAGCCAUGCUUCAUUUAGUCACAAAGGACUUUUUACUAACUUUUGAACCCCUUGUCUGAUUUGUGCCAUUUUUGAAUAUGUUGUUCCCCUGAAUGGAUUGAUUGUGAAUGUGUAAUUUUAUGUGAAUGUGAUGUAUGGUUUUAGAGUUAUGAAAGUUGGGUAGAAAGUAUGUUUUAACUGUAUGUAUAAUUGAGUUUCCUCUCAGGAUAAGGGGAGGGAAUAUGUGGGAUGUAACUGUGACGUGAUUGGUUGUUUUAUACCUCCCUGUGGGCGGUCCUGUAUUUGCAAGACUGUAAUAAAAACCAGGCUGGGUGUGCCAGCACCUCAGGUUCUGCUUAACCCUCAAAACGAAGUGUCGUCUCGUUAUUGGGGGAAUUGGAUUGUGUGCUGACUGCCAGGAGUGUAAGCCGUUUGUAUUGCUUUUCCUGUUCGGCUGCUUCCAGGGUUCCUGUGUCUGCUGUUCGAGAGUUGGUGAAUACGUGCGGUUUGGAGUUCAGGAGGUUGGUGAUUGCAGUAGCUGCUGGUCUAUGGGAAAGGGGAUUAUCGCCUAAACCGAUUUUAUCCCCUUGUGAGAGAAACGGUCCGUUACAGACGUUAAAGCAGAAAAGGACAAGUUGCGCCCAAUAGAUAAUAGUGCAGAUAUUACAAUGUAAUAAAAUCCUAAACAGUCCUACAUUUUGUAUUGUGAUAUUUGCACCAAUAUUAUCUACUGGACGCAACCUGCCUUUUUCUUCUUGUUUCUAUAUAAUAGUGUGUGUGGUUGCAAUCAGUACUGCUAUACAAAGUGGAAUUGUUAAAUUUUACAUGUAUUUUUUUAUCAGGUGACAAAUCUAGAUUGUCAUUGGAUCACUGCAUUUCUGGAUUGUCAUUGGAUCGCAGCACUCCUAAAUUGCCAUUGGAUCGCAAAAGGGAUACUUCAGGCAAGUUUAUUUUUACUAUCGGUAUAAAACACGAGUCACAAAUUAAGUAAUUAAAGAGAUAGUGUAGUGCCAGGAAUACAAAGCUGUAUUCCUGGCACUACCGAUCCCCCUGCUUCCCCCCUCCCUUGCACCCCCUCCUACUCUGUAAAUAAAGGGUUAAAAACCCUUUAUUUACUUAUCCCAGCACCGACAUCCCUCAGCACUGGGUUGAAGCUUCGCCCUCUCCUCCGUUCCGCGACGAGCGGGGUCUAAUUUUCCCUAUGGGGAAAGUCUGAUGCUGGAGGUCCCUGUUCAGAGCGUGAGGACGUCCAUCGUUAGAUAACGGACCAAACGUCCGCUACGAUUCCGGAAGCGCCCCCUGGUAGACAUUAUGGUAGACAGCCACUGAAAGCAGACUUAGUGCCGCCAUGUAAUGUUUUACAUUGCAGCACUAAUUGCAAAAGGGACACAUCACCCAGACCAAUUCAAUUAGCUGAAGUGGUGUGGGUGCCUACAGUGUCCCUUUAAUAUCUAUGUACAAAUAUAUGUCUGUUAUUUACUUAAAGGACCACUAUAGUGCCAGGAAAACAAAUUUGUUUUCCUGGCUCUAAAAGGUCUUUGGGUCCCCCCAUUCUCAGGGUCCCACUCCCGCUGGGCUAAAGGGGUAGGAAGGCGUUAAACACUUACCUUUCUCUCCUCCCUCUUUUGAUGUCAGCGCUGAAUGCACAUGCGUGGCAUUCAAUUAGUCCAUAGGAAAGCAUUACUCAAUGCUUUCCUAUGGACGUCCUGCGUCUUCUCACUGUGAUUUUCACCGUGAGAAUCGCGAAGCGCCUCUAGCGGCUGUCAAUGAGACAGCCACCAGAGGCUGGAUUAACCCUAAUGUAAACAUAGCAGUUUCUCUGAAACUGCUAUGUUUACAGCUGCAGGGUUAACCCUAGAUGGACCUGGCACCCAAACCACUUCAUUGAGCUGAAGUGGUCUGGGUGCCUAGAGUGGUCCCUUAAUGAUUUAUUUAUUUAUAUUGUUAAUUUAUAUGUGGGAGGCCCUUCACAAUUCAUUUUAUAAAAUGUUUCAGAUUACAGAGUGAGCCGUUAAAAUAGCGGAAUUAUCUGGCUUUAUAUACUGAGUAUUAUCAUUACUGCACAUGUAAUAAUCUUAUUCCACAUGCUACCAAACUACAGAGAACAAAUAUCAGUCUCGAGACUGUUAUCUCAGAGGCCAGUAGAUGCCGACAUUUGCGGAAUAUUUUGCGGACAUCAAUGCUCUGGCCACCUGGACAGCUUCAGACACAGAUAUUAGACAUGUUAUUGAUAUUUUAAUUAUAAUUAUUCUUACAAUUGGCGGACUAACAAGCAAGUAGUUACAAACAGACAAUUUAGACAUACAGGAACAGACAGAGCUGAAGGAUUUCAGAUCUUUUUGCAUUCUAAGGGAUGUGGGGCAAAAUGACCCAAGAGGAUCACUUAAUCUUGGCUGCAAAUACAGACGUUGUGGCUCAUUCUAUCUAACAUUAAUAACCCCGUCAUUGAUUAUCAUUCACGGAGGAAUACUUUCUGCCCGUUUCCCUCCAUUUAUAUUGACGUGGAAUGACAUUGAUGCUUUCUGCAUCCUAAAAGUCCUGUCUAAGCCUGUUAUACGAAAAAAAAGAAAAAAAAAAUCCACCUAGAGCCUGAUUUUAGAUCACACGAUGUAGAAUGCACAAAAAAAGGGGGGUAACACCUAAAUGGUGAAUAUCAUAGGGAAUAAACAAAAAAAAGAAAAAAAUGCCAUUCUACCUGUGUAUAGUUAGCUGAAAAAAUUGUAAGCUUAAAAAGUAAAGUUUAAUAAAUAAAUCUAAAAUAAAUGUUCUUACAAUUUUUUAUUUUCUACAACAGGAGUAAGUGGAGACUAUACAGCGAGUAAAGCUCAGUGACUACUGAUAUAGGCUGUAGAGGUGGAUCAAUUCUAAUACAAAAACAAUACAAGUUAUAAAAGUGAUACUGUGUUAUAUAUCACUAAUAACCGUAACGAAGGGGGGAGAUUCAAAGACUGCUAAGCCAAUGCUGUCAGUAGUGAGGAGACUAAUAAAUAAAUCAAUCAAUCCCUGCAUGGUAGUGCAUACUAACGACAUGGGUCCACAUUCCAUACAGAAAUAAUAAAGUGGUUCAGCUGAGAUACGGAACAAGAGUUAGUAGCUCAGCUACGAAGGACUGCUAACAGGCAGCAGUUAACCCGUUGUUAGUCACAAACAUUGUCUAAGUGAUAACUGCAUUUAAAUGAUAAGUCCGAAUAUAUAAAAAACAAGAGAUUUGCAGACAGUUUUCAAACAGGCUGCCUGAGUGAUAGAAAAAAUAAUAUAGUCAAUGACAGAGGAUGGUGUAUAGAAUAGGAUUCCUGAGUCUUGUGCCUUAAUCAAAUGCUUGGUCUUAUCAAUCUCCCCCCGUAAAUUAUAAUAAAGAAUAAGAAAAAGAAAGAGAAAUAAGGUAUAUACACAAAGUGCACUAAAUUAGUGUUAAGAUGCUGGACAUAUAUGCACUUAAUGUCGGUAAUAUCGCAGUUGGUAAGCGGAGAGUUGGAUGCCAACGCCAAUAAUGUGUCCAGAACCCCUGACGCGCGAGUCUCAGAAAUUACAAAGUGAAGGAUACUAAACCUACAAUUAUAUGUAUAGGCACUUAUGAUCAACUAUGGAAUCCUAUCCGAAAAAUCGAUGCAGAUAAUUGGCCAAUACUCACCCACAACAAAGAGGUAGCCACUAAACUUUCUACAUUCCCAAGUAUCACUGCAAGGCGAGCUAAUAACCUACGUGAUCUACUAGUUCAUAGUCAUCUUGAACCAAAACCAUCAUCUAAGACAUGGCUGCAAGAAACAAAGGGAAUUUUUAGAUGUGGGAAGUGCAAGGCAUGUAAUCUCUGCAAAAUCCAAAGGUCACUACUCCAUAUUAAUUCUCCUUGACCUCUCUGCUGCUUUUGACACUGUUGAUCAUGCUCUCCUCUUUCAAACUCUUCAAUCGCUCGGUCUCUGUGACUCUGUCCUCUCUUGGUUUUCCUCCUAUUUCUCCCAAUGCUCAUUCAGUGUCUACUUUUCCAAGGAUACCUCCUCCCCUCAUCCUGUCUCAGUUGGAGUUCCCCAAGGCUCUGUCCUUGGUCCCCCUCUAUUUUCUCUUUAUACUGCCUCUCUUGGUAAAUGUAUUGCCUCUUUUGGAUUUCACUACCACCUGUACGCUGAUGACACUCUCCUCUCCAGACCUCUCCCCUGCCGUCCUGCAACGUGUCACUGCUUGCCUUUCUUCCAUAUCUGACUGGAUGUCCUCACGCUUUCUGAAACUCAAUCUCUCUAAAACUGAACUCUUUGUCUUUCCUCCUCCUAAUACUGAUCCUCCUCUCUUGCUCUCCCUUCAAGUCAGUGAUAUCCACCUAAGUCCAUCCCUGCAAGCGCUUGGCAUCAUACUUGACUCUGGUCUCACCUUUGAGUCUCACAUCCAGUUUGUUGCCAAGUCCUGUAGGUUCCAACUCAAAAACAUAGCCCGCAUCCGCCCCUUUCUUACGCAAGAUGCCACCAAGGAGCUUGUCCAUGCUCUAGUAAUUUCCCGCAUGGAUUACUGUAACCCUCUCCUGAUUGGUCUCCCCAAAAGCCGUAUUGCCCCACUACAGUCUGUAAUGAAUGCUGCAGCUAGACUGAUUUUCCUCUCUAGUCGGUCCUCUCACACCUCACCCCUCUGCCAGUCCUUACAUUGGCUCCCUGUAUCCUAUAGGAGUCAAUUCAAAGUACUAACCCAUACAUUUAAAGCAUUGAACAAUUCUAGCCCCUCUUCACUGAUCCAUAGGUAUGCCCCUCCUCGUUCCCUCCGCUCUGCCCGUGACCACCUCCUGACGGCUGCUCGCAUCCGUAUGGCCAACUCACACUUGCAGGACCUCUCGCGGGUGGCUCCUUUCCUAUGGAAUAGCUUGCCUGCUGCCAUCAGACUCUCCCCUAGUCUUCAAUCAUUUAAAAAGGGCCUUGAAACCCAUCUCUUCAGGAAAGCCUCCCAAAGUAAUCUCUACCUUACAUACCUGUCUCUUGCUCUCUCCUAUAGGAAAGUCCUUUACUCUCUCCUCCAGCUCUGCUUCACUCACACCCUAUUUGAUAUUUUCUGUCCUAACGUUUCUAAUAUCCCACCUCCUAUGGUCUGUAAGCUUGUUUGAGCAGGGUCCUCUUCAACCUAUUGUUCCUGUAAGUUUUCUUGUAAUUGUCCUAUUUAUAGUUACAUCCCCCCUCUCAUAAUAUUGUAAGGCGCUACGGAAUCUGUUGGCGCUAUAUAAAUGGCAAUAAUAAUAAUGUAGGUUUAUUAAACCAUCAAAAUUAGUCUUGUGUACCAAUACGCAGAAAACACAUCCGAUUAAUGAUUUUGUUAAUUGCAGUACUACAAAAGUAGUUUAUAUCAUCACUUGUAGCUGUAAGCUACAAUAUAUAGGAAAAACCUUCCAAGAACUGAGAAGGAGAAUCCUACAACAUAUGAAUUCAGUCUCAAACCUAAACAUUUCCACUCCUGUCUCCAAUCACAUAAGGAACUUCCAUAACUCGGAUGCUUCUCAUCUUAUGUUUCAGGUUUUAGAACGUAUCCACCUGAACACUAGAAAGGGUAAUUAUAAUCUCACCCUAUUAAGAAAAGAAUCCAGAUGGAUACAUAAAUGUAAGACCUUAUCCCCUUUGGGAUUAAAUGAAGAGUUCAACUUUACCCACUUCAUUCACAAAUAAAUGCAUAAUUAGUCAUUAUUAAUUUAGGUCAAUUACAAACAUUCUCCUCUUUCUUAAAAACUUUUAUUAAUGUUACACUUUAAUGUUGAUAAUAGUUAAUGUAUAAGUUUUGGAAUCCACUAAUAUAUCUGUACUAAUCAGUAAAUUGUUUAGCAGAUAAAUGUUGCUACAUUCGUUCCACCAAUCAUGUUACCGUUGUUAUUCAUAACAAUAUAUGGUCAACGCUUACAUAGACAAAGCCUUUAACUGCGUUAUUUCUUUAUUUCCUACAGGCUCCACAGGAAUCAUGUCCAGCCCAGGAAACAUUUAUCUUCUCAUUGUAUUGUGUCUGGCUGCCGUCCACUUCCUUUAUACUUCUUAACAUGUGACUACUCAUUUUAACCAAGCAAUAAAACGAAUCAUUCUUAUUUCACAGAUCUCAUAGGGUCACAUUAUGGAGAUUAGAAGAUGUAUCUGUGAUUUAUGAUACUUUCCCAGUAUCCCGGGCCAUCCCCGAGUACUGAAUACUGCAAAUUAAUCAAAUAUUGGAUUAUCUGUUGGCUUUUAUUAUUGAUAAAUGUAAUGCUUCGAUCUAAUAACUGGCUAAGGUUUAGGCAUUUACCAAUUCCGUGUCCAUCAGGGUUAUCAUUUACAUCAUAAAUUGGAGGGAAUUCAAAGUAAAUGCCAAACUUUUGUCCAAAACAGCAGAUUUGGAAAAGUCAGGUCUCUUUUUAGUUUGGCUAUUUUGGCGUAAAAUGUGAAAUUGUCUUUGAAUUCCCAACAAUUGACAUUUCAGUAACUGUCCAUGUAUUGGCAUGAUGAUAUAACCCUGGCAGUUGGAGUACCGUUAGGACUGGAUUGAGAAUCAAUGCUCUAUAGAUCUAGAAUUGGAGUGAUUUUAAUCAUAGCUUCUACUGUUCGAAACCUUAUAUUUCUAAUUUUCAUUUGACUCGAGGACUCGGCUUGUCCCGUUACAUUAUUAGUGCAGAUUAGUGCUCACUAAUGUUUUUAAGAUUACUUUAUCAAAGUCAGUAUCUUCUCUUUGUUUUAUGAUUGAAGAAUUGUAACAAUGCAAUGUUUUGUGGACCCAGGACAUAUUGAAAACAAGAGAAAUCUCAAUGUAUCUUUCCUGGUAAAAUAUUUUAUAAAUAAAUAAAUAAAUAUUGGGCUCUCAGACAGUGAGUUUGAUGCAGGUACAGGUGAAGAUUAUUCAGGUAAGGGAAUUUCUACUUGAAACGCAUUGUUUUAGCAGAAAUUGUGUUUUUGUAAAAUCUCAGCAUUUGUGUGUAAUUACUAAUAAAUAAGGAACUGUUGUUUUAUAAUUUUUAUGUUGCCGAUUUAUAUAUUCAUAAUUUUGUAAAUGUUUAAAGCACUAAAGUAUUUUCAGAAAUAAAAUAUACAGCUCUCUGGGUAAUUUGUCUCUCUGAAUGUUGUAGUAAGAAAUAUAUGUUAUGAGGUCAUUACACCUGCCGAUGCAACAGAAAAUGUAUA